GUUCAAUUACCUGGACCAGCAGGAAUAGCUGAAGUGCCCUUGAGCAAGGCACCUAACCCCAGGUGGCUCUGGAUGGAUUUCUGAAUGAUCAUCUCUAGAAACCUUAGCUCAUGUAUUUGUUGAUUCAUAGAGAAUGGAAACCCAGUAAAAAGGAAAAUCAUGAGGUAGUGGUGAAAUACUGGUGAUGGCCACGUAGAAUGUUACGGACAUCAGUCUGAAAUACGUGGAUUAUACAUUCACCAUGAGCUGCCUGGAGAAACAUGUGAGUCAUAAAGCAAGCAUGAAGCACCCUUCCAACCUGGAUAGCUUUAUGGAUGAGACGGACCGAGAGGUUAUGAGCCUUACAGACCGAGCAUUUAAGAGUCUGUGCAUCGGUGAUGAGGCAAUCUACAAUGACUCAGAGCUUUUAUCAUCUCCAGUAGACUGUCACAAGCCUCUAGCUGAAGAGAUACCAAAAAAGCCUCGAGAGAACACUGCCUUGGAUGUUAAGAAGCACGGAGCUCACCGGCCCAACGGUGUGUACAACACACCAUGGCAAAUGAAAAAAAACACAAAGGUGUCAUCACUUUUUGCCGCAUUUGCAGCUAAGAACAAUGACACAAAAAUGACAAAUGGGGACUUAUGGGACAAAUCAGGACUGCUUAGCAUCCAAACAGAGCUAUCAGACUUUUCUUCAGAUUAUCAAAACCACCUCAGGGAUGAACAACUUUAUCAGGUCAAGAGUCAUUGUAAGCCUUCUAAGAAAGAGACUCUUAAUAAGGCAAGCCAGAAUAGAGAUAAUUCAUCAGGAAAAUUGUUUAAAAAUCAACAUAGCAAAUCCACGAAGCUGAGAAAACUGAAUCCCCAAAACUUUUUCCUUCACAGUGAAUUCAGCCCAUUCCAGUCCUGGGGAGACUUAAAUAGGUUUGGACUGGAGAACAUGGAUAUGUUUCCAUGCAAUAGUCUGGCUGGAUUGUAUGAUUCCCCACUUUCCAGAGAGCUAAACAAUUCAAACAGAUUACUUGUACCAGAGUCAAAUAAAAGAGAGACAAGCCAAAGCACCUCACCUAUGGAACCUCAACAUAAAUCUAAACCUGAUUUAUCACAAUGCUCAGCACAGACUUUGAAAACUGCACCUCCAGUACCAGAAAAACCAUCUGAGCUAAAUUUCCAGAAACUGCCUGACAUUCAAAUUGAGACUCUUCAGCCACAAAUGCAGCUGACGUCCUCUGGAUCAUUUCAGAGGUGUCAGUCUGAAGGGGAUCUUUAUGCUCCCUGGAGGAAAAGUCGAAGCAGGGCAAAAGGUGCUGAUCGACCACUUAUCAGCUCGCCUGCUUGUGAAAAGUCAAACACUGGUGAGGAGGGUGCAAUACAAACUAAAAAGGAGGUUAAGACAGUGGAAGAAGCACCUGGCUUAAAUUCAACUCCAUUCAGUAUUUCACAGCUGUUGACUCCAGUCAUACCCUCCAGACAGGGUACAGGAACCUCAGAGAUACUGCAAUCUGUCCAUUCACCAGCAGCUCUUGAUAUCCCAGCACUCCAUGAGACAGAUAUUCGUCCAUCACCUGACAUCAAAAGAGAAAGAUACAAAUCCAAGGCAUCAAGUUUAUUGUUUAAUCUCAAGGACAACCGAAAACGGGUCAAGGCAACAUACAGCCCACCAAAGUUUAAAGGUUUAGAUGUAGCAGACCAAAAUAAACUGUCUCCUCUAAUUGAACAGAAUGUUACCAAAAAUGUUCUGGAAAGUCCAGAAAUUACAGAUUCUAAAACCACAUCGACUGUUCAAAAAACUAGUAUGUAUCCAAUGAGUCCUGAGACUGCAGACAUACAAACCUCUCGACUCAGUGGUCAUAUAAAUAGCGCACUGCCAGAUGACUUUUUGGGACUUAGUCUACUGCAAGCUGGAAAUAGAGGCUCACCUAUUAAAUCUUUGAAAUCAAAAAAGAAUCCUUUGGCCAAAGCUACAUAUCCAUCUUUAAAUUUGUACCGGAAAUCUAGUCCAGUAGAACUGAAUACCAAUUCUAAUACCAAUACUAAAACCAUGCCAAUGGAUGCUCCUGGUUCUCAUUCUACAAUAAAUAAGAGUACAGAAGAGAAGUUGAGCAAACGACAUUUGCCCGAGAAGAAUAGGAAGGAACUGCAAAGAAAAAGUCAUUUGACUAAACCAGAAAUAAACAAUGCAAACCAUGAAUAUAUCCAUCUGAACCAUGUUGAGACUGCAGACAAAGUACUGACUGACAAAACGGAUGCAGUAGCUCUGAAGGAAAAAUAUGUUCCUACAGUUUCAUUGAAGCACAGUGCACAACAGGAUGCCCCAACACUUUCAGGUAGUAGGAAUCAAGACAAAUUGAAUAUGGAAGAAAUAUUUAAGGUAGAGGAAAGACCUAUCAAAUAUACUGAAUAUCACAGAAAAGAACCCAAACCUAAUCAUUUAUUUUCUGCAAGACAAAACAAUUACAUAAAAAAUCUAAGAUACGUGGAUGUAGUUCAUGAGAAUGAUGAUAAUGAUGAUGAAUGUGCAUAUUGGCAAGAGAAUGUAAUUUCUGUUGGAAGGGAUGAGCCAAGAAAGAAGAUAUUGAAUGUAGAUGUGCAUAAAGAUAAAGGAAAAGUACAGGAAAAUGUGGAUGAACCAUUUAUCAAAGAAAGUGUUACAAAUGAUGCCUUUACAAAAAAUAAUUAUAACAUACCCUUGGUGAAUGAUCUGGGUAUAUGCACUGAACAAGGAGUGGCCAAAAAUGAUGCUUUUUCUAUGAAAGGAAACACGUCAGCAAAAGUUGCACUGUUCACUUUAAAGGAACAGCCCUCAAAUAGAGUAUUAGGCUCAAAGAAAAAUAACAUAGUAAAGGAUAAAUAUGAGUUAGCCACAGUGGCUUUGGAGAAAAGGAUUGCUGAGAGAGAACAGAGAAAAAAGCAAAGUGAUAGGCAAAGUGGACAGGAUUUACCCAUGAAAGGAGACCACAAUAAAGAAAGUAUGCUAACAUUGGGUCAGAAGGAAACAUCAGGAAGUGUUAUACCAGACAGGCGAGGUCAGAAUCACGACACCAAUCAUGACGAAUGUCAUGUGCCUGAGGUAAAAUUAGCUGAACCUUAUAAGCAGGAAGGUACUGCAAAGCACAGCCCAAGUAGACUUGUACAUAGGGACAGAUCUGACAGACAUGGUCAACAAGGUGACACAAGCAAUAUCCAGUCAAUGGCUAAUAUAACUGAAUUUAAAGAAACAGUGUGUGUGCCUAAAAACCUAAACCUCAGUCAAGAAGUCUCAGUAGUCCAGGACUAUUUUGACAACAAACUCACUGGAGUUGAUGAAAAUGAGCCAUCUAUUCAGAAAAAGAAGGGCUCUUAUAAACCAGAGGCUCCUCCAAGGAGAGAAAGAGUAAAUUCCCAAAGAGAAGACAGCACAAUGAGUGAAAGACAAAUAAAAGAAGCUGUAGGGAGUAUUGAGAGAUCAGUGAAUUAUGAAGAUUGUUUAAGCACAGAAGUCAAGAAAUCUAAUCUAUCAAAGAAUAAAGGACCAGUAAAGGGUCAUGUAUCAUCACUUGCGGAAAAAUUUAACAGAGAACAAGUAUUGCCAAGUUCAAAUAUCCAAGAAUGUUUGAGUCAGGGAGACGGGCUCAUGGUCAACCCUGGAUAUGAUUUAUUAAAGCAAAAAACAAUUUCACCAAAGAAUACAAUGGAUUUUUCUGAAGUUGAAGAAAUUUUAACAAAACAUAAUCAUAAAGCAAGAGAGACAGAUUCAGACAAUAAGGAAUUACCUGACAAUGAUUCAAAACUAGCCAUGGGAAAUGAAACAAAUUUAGGUGGAGAAAUUGGUGAUAAACAGGACAUCCAGACUGUUAACAAAUAUGUCACAGAAAAUGAAGAGGACAAAAAAGAUGUGACUAAAACAGAGAAUGAAAGUGCAUCUGGUGUUUUGAGAAAAACAGACAACCAGAGCAAAUCCAAAUGUCAUGGUGAAAGCUCUGUCAAAAAGUAUUUAACUGACCAUUUGGGGAAAUCUGAUGAACCUGAUGAUGAAUCUGAAAAGACACCAACCUUGAAUUUGAUAAACCCUGGUAAUGCUCCAGUGAAUAAGAUAAUCCUCUAUGACAUUCUUAAUCAAGCUGAUCCUUCAUCAUUGGUAGAUAUUAAACAAGUAGAACAAGACAAUCUACUUUCCAGACUAUCAGAGGACUCAUCCUUUUCACACAAAACAGAAGAGUCAUCAUCUCUGAGCAAAGCUGAAGAAAGAAAAUGUGAGAAUUUAGACCAAAUGGAUUCCUGUUCCAAUAGCAACCCUGAAAGUAAACUGCAUAACUUAGACAUAGCAGUUCCUCCUCCAAAAGAUGUGGAAAAACGAGGGUGGGUGCAGUGCUUGAUAGACUCAGCUCACAAUUUAACACCAACAUGCCAGUCCAAUGCCUCUUCUCCCACACUGGGGAAACUUGCUUUAUUUAAAGUGAAAGACAACACAUUUAGUGCAUCCCCUGUUACCAAAACAGUAAAACCCAUACUCCAUAAAACUGUUGCAGGAGUUACACAACCCUGGUCUCCAAAAGAAAGCCUAAGUGGGUCUGAAAGGGGUGAAGAAGAUCCAGACCUUUUCAAGGACUUUGUGGAUGUGCAAAGUCCAACUUUGCUCUCCACACCUAUCCGAAUCAACCAGUCAUCAACACAGGUUGCACCCCCUCCAUCCCCUCAAGCCACCACAGACCAGGAGAAAACAAGACUGAUGGAUAGUUCCACAGUGCCAAAAGAUGAUGAGUGGCAACUGGCAACAUACUCAGUUUCAGAGGGAAUAGAAAGCUGUGAAAUGAGUGCAGGAGACACAGUGGGGGAGCUUGCCUUCAACACUGCAUGUACAGAUAGCAUAGUGGGAUCGAAAGCACCAAGUGAGAGAUCUGAAUCAGCCUGCAGUGGCAUUGAAAACCAGGUUCAGGGCAAGCCACCUGCUGUCCCUCCAAAAACUGAGAAAGCCUUGCGUCGUGCCAUGAAGCUGACAACAAAGAGGAUCCAGAAAGUGGAAGCUAAAAAUAAAUCAGAGCGUGGCCGAAGCAGUGAGAAGGGUUCGAAGGGUUCUUGUCAGAAACGUGAGAGGAGGCACCACAGUUGUGACAAAGUUCUCACUGACAGAUCAUACCAACGAGAGCAUAGCAUUGACAGAGGUAGCAGUAAUCAAAGCACGGGGGCAAACAGCAGUGAGACGUCUCUGCUAAAGAGUCACACAAGUGAAACACAUGCUACACAACAUAAUAAACCAAACAGCCGUAGGAAAGAGAAAGAUAUUGUAAGGAAACUACAACAUGAACGUCAUAGCAGUCUAAUCAAUACGGAUGAUGAUGCAAAGAGCUCAGUGGCUGAAAAGCAAAAAGAAAAUCGAUCACAACACAAAGAUCAGUGUGAUACCCAUAAUAUAAAUGUUGACCAUGAGAGAUUGGGACGUACUAGUGAAAAAUACCUACCACAUAAGCUGUAUCGCAGGGCUCACAGUUUGGACAGAUUUUCAAGUGGCAAACAAAGGCAUCAGUUACUUAGCUCUGAAGAGCCUGUCUCUAAAACUACCACUGAGACAUUAAACAAACUGGACAUUGCACAGAUAGCACCACUGCGACAAAACAGCAUUGAGCAAACUUAUGGCUCUCCAGCAAACAACAUUGUACCACAAUCUUUCCCAAUAACCCAAAGGAAGCUUCUGCAGGAUCUUGAUUCUGGACAGUACUUUGUGGUGGACAUGCCAGUGCAGGUGAAGACAAAAACCUUCUUUGAUCCAGAGACAGGAAGUUAUGUCCAACUGCCAGUUCAGUCACUUGAUGGGUCUGUACCACGGGCGCAAUCUGUAGAAGUUGUGAAUGCACCUCCACUUAUGCUAUAUCAUGGCUUUGUUCCAGUGCCUGUCUCAUCCUUACCUUAACUGAAAUCCACUGUUAAAGCAGGCUCCAUGGUUGCUCCUGCUUGCUUGGACUUAUUUCAAACCAGUGAGCUAGAGCAUGACAACUUUAAAGAAAAGCACAAAAGAGAGAGUCAGCCUGACACAUGAGCCAUGUGUGUAUUAAAAGAGCACUUCUGAUUGAACAUAAUCAGAAUUUGAUUGCUUAAAAGAGAUGAAGAUAAUUAUCUUAUAGACCAAUAAAAGGUCUUGGAAUUGAGCGAGUCUGAAUUCAGGCAUUAAUAUUUUUGUCCUAGAUGAAUAUAAAUGUUUUGCUUCUAGCUCAAAAAUGCUCUAGUUUCCUUCUUGCUUUUGGGAUUUUUCUAAUGAUUAUGUAUUUUCUGAUCUUUGACUGGGGUAUUAUGUACAAGAAUGUCUAAAAUAGUGCUUUUCCCAGUGUUAGUACAAGUGUAUUUAAAGAAUAAUAAUGUUCACAUUCUUUGUCAUAUUUACAUUUGCAGAUGACAUGAUGUACUGACUAGAGAUAAGUGAAAGUAGUGGCUGUAUGUCUUAAAUGGCAUAUUUAAAGGUUAAUUUGAACAUUAACUACACAUUGUGUAUUUAUGCAAUAAUUUGUGUAUUUUGAAAUGAUUUAUCUC